CCACUAUCCCCACCUUUGCUUCCCUCAUUACUCCUCUUACUAUAAGCUUCUUCUUCUUCUUUCUUUCUUUUAAUUUUCUUUUUAAGCUAGCUCUCUCUUUCUCUCUCUCUCUCUGUCUCUCUGUGUUCCUAUCAUCCCUUGGACAUGGAAUUAGCUCAAGAAGAAUUCAUGGGAUCUAAUGAUCUUACUCAGAUCAUGAAAGGCAAGCGUACCAAACGCCAACGAUCAUCCUCUCCACAUAAGGCGGCCGGUGGUGGUGGGGUGUCCUCUAGUUCAUCAAGUGGCUGUGGUGAUGGUGGAGGAAGAGAAAAGGGCGUUGUCAUAGAAGAGUACUAUGGUUCAAUUUCCUCAUAUACGAGUUGUAGUGAGGUUUAUGAGAGUACAGAAGAAGAAGAAGAUAUGGCUAAUUGUUUGAUUUUAUUAGCUCAAGGUGAUGGCCCAAGAAUUAUUGAUGAAAGUAACAAUAAUGGUACAAGAAUGGAAAAAUUCAGUUCCAGAAAAUUCUCUCAAGUUUCUACUGCAACUAAUACUAAUAAGGCAGGUUUCUAUGUUUAUGAGUGUAAAACUUGUAACCGGAGCUUCCCUUCUUUUCAAGCAUUAGGUGGGCAUAGAGCAAGUCACAAGAAGCCUAAGCCUGAAGAGAAGAAAGCUCCUCUUGCGGUGGCAGCAGCAGCUACAACAUCAAUGGUGAAUGAUGUUGAUCAUAAUCUUGAAGAUGACUGCCAAAUGAAUAAGAGUAGCACUAGCAGCCCUGAUCAUCAAUAUCACCACCAUCAUCAUCCUCUUUCUCUUCAAAUUUCCACCAUCAACAGCAGCAGCAGCAAGGGGAACUUUCUUGGCAGCAAUAAUAAGGCCAAGAUUCAUGAAUGUUCAAUCUGUGGCUCUGAAUUUACUUCUGGUCAAGCUCUUGGUGGUCACAUGAGAAGGCACAGAGCUAACACAAAUAAUCAAGUGGCUCUUACUACUAGUACUAUUGAUCAAACAAGUGUUACCACUACUAAUAGUAUCAAUGGUUGUAGUGAUGAUCGAAUCAUCAAGCCAAGAACAAUUCUGUCUUUGGAUCUUAACCUUCCGGCACCGGAAGAUGAUCACCACCACCGCGAACCCAAGUUCCAAUUCGCCGCAACACAACAAGCUCUAGUGUUCUCCGCUGCACCAGCCUUGGUGGAUUGCCAUUACUGAGAAGAAAAAGAAAGAAUGAUAGGGAUGAUCAAUGUGAAUUAUUAUUUUUAAUCAUUAUUAUUAUAAUUCGCUAUAAUUCAUAAAUAUAUAAUUAGAAAUUCUUUCCA